AUGUGGCAGUCCUCUAGGGCUUACUGCAUAGCCUCUCUAGCGGCUCUCUGUCUCGGCCUGAUGGCCAUCUCUCCAGCAACCAGCGACAUGGCUGAUAGCGUUGACAUGAUGUGGGGCAACACACAGGUGCUCUAUGAUAGCUCCGGCCGCCAAAUGGUGUCACUCUCCCUCGACUGCUGGACCACCUCUGCGUUCCGCUCCAAGAGCAAGUACCUCUUUGGGAGGUUCGACAUUGACAUCAAGCUUGUCCCCAAGGACUCAGCUGGCACUGUCACGACAGUAUAUAUGGUAACAGAGGGGCCAUGGCAAUACCACGACGAGAUUGACCUUGAGUUCCUGGGGAACACCACCGGUGAACCAUACACCCUGCACACUAACAUCUAUGCAAGAGGGAAAGGUGACCGAGAGAUGCAGUAUCGUCUUUGGUUUGAUCCUACUGCAGACUUCAACACCUACUCAAUCAUAUGGAACCCGCAUAUGAUCUUAAUACUUGUUAACGGCGUCCCAAUCCGGCGGAUGAGGAAUCAGAUGAGGGAUGAUACUCCCUUCCCACUCUACCAGCCUAUGAGGUUGUAUGCCAGCAUCUGGGACGCUGACGAAUGGGCAACCCAGGGCGGACGCAUCAAAACUGACUGGUCCCAUGGGCCCUUCACAGCCUUCUUCCGGAACUACACCGCCAACGCUUGUGUCCCAUACAAUAGAGCCUGGAUUUGCGGCCAGGAUUCCGGCGAUAGCAGUUGGUUCAACCAGGAGUUGGAUGAGGAGGGGGAGCAAAAACUGAAUGAUGUCAAUGCUAAAAACAAGAUAUAUGACUACUGCACUGACCCGAGGAGGUUUCCUAACGGAUACCCUCCAGAAUGUGGGUCACAGUAG